CUCCUGGCUGCUUUUAUCAAACAGAUAUUCCGGGACAAACCAAUGGUUGUAGAAGACCUCAGACACAAAAGCUACCCCUCCUUUCGACCUCGUCAAGCUUGUCUCCGAACCAUGCCUAUUCUUCAAGGGGACCAAAGUUACCAUAUGUCGCCAGUUGUGGCUCUAGGUUUUGGGUUAUCUAUGACUUGAAGAAUGGGCUUCACACACGACGACUAUACUAUAGCAUGGGUCUGCGCCUUGCCGCUAGAAAUGACAGCGGCGAAGGCCAUGCUCGGUAAGAUCCAUCCUUCACUGUCCCAGCCAAAAACCGACCACAAUGUCUACACUUGGAAAUCUUACCGCCCAUAAUGUGGUGGUGGCCUGCCUCCUAUCAGUUGUUUACGGAACCACAUCUGCUGCAGUCGUGCUUGCUCACAUGUUGCAGACAUUCCCUUCUCUUCGAUUUGCGUUGAUGGGCAUCGGUGGCAGAGUGCCCAGCAAGAACUCAGAUAUGCGCCACGGUGAUAUAGUCGUUAACAUACCUACUGCGGCCUCUAGAGACGUGAUCCAAUAUGACUACGGGAAGGCACUUCGUGAUGGAUAUUUGCAGCGCACUUGGUCGCUCAAUAAGCGGUGAUUACAUGGUCAGAGACUCACUAAUCAAGAAAAGUAUAUCGGAUAUGCUUCAGAAGCACUACAAGAUCCACAAAAUAUUCUCCCAGCCAGACCAAGACUGGCUAUUCAAACCGGGCUAUAAUUAGGAGAGCAAAAUCGCUAAAUGUUCACUAUGUGAUCAGUCCCAGCUACUAGUCCC